CCCCUGCCCUCCCCUCUCCUGCGUUGCUGGGUCUGUUGCUGCCAGAGCAGCUGCCGGCUGGGGCUGUGUGUCUGGGGAUGGAGGCUGCUGAGGCAUCCUGGGACCUGCAGGGGCUGCAAACGGUGGGCAUCAUCUUGCUGCUCUGCUCCAGCCUCAAGAUACUCCAUGCUCUGGGCAUCAUCGACCUGACCAGGGGAGGCAACCCGCCAGUCCAAACUAAAAAAGCGCUGAAGCAGCGAUUCCUCAAACUGCUGCCCUGCUGCCGGCCCAAAUCCAUCCCCUCGCUCAGUGAAAACAGUGUUGAGGAUGAGUUUGAGCUCUCCACCGUCUGCCACCGCCCCGAGGGGCUGGAGCAGCUCCAGCAGCAGACCAAGUUCACUCGCAAAGAGCUGCAGGUCCUGUACCGAGGCUUCAAAAAUGAGUGCCCAAGCGGCAUUGUCAAUGAAGAAAACUUCAAGCAGAUCUAUUCACAGUUCUUCCCUCAAGGAGAUUCCAGCACCUAUGCCACCUUCCUCUUCAAUGCCUUUGACACCGACCAUGAUGGCUCUGUCAGCUUUGAGGACUUUGUGUCUGGGCUGUCCACCAUCCUGCGGGGCACCAUUGAUGAUCGCCUGAACUGGGCCUUCAACCUCUAUGACCUGAACAAAGAUGGCUGCAUCACCAGAGAGGAAAUGCUGGACAUCAUGAAGUCCAUCUACGACAUGAUGGGCAAAUACACCUACCCGGCCAUGCGGGAGGAAGCACCACGAGAGCACGUGGAGAACUUCUUCCAGAAAAUGGACCGGAAUAAGGACGGUGUGGUGACAAUUGAGGAGUUCCUGGAGUCCUGCCAGAAGGAUGAGAACAUCAUGCGAUCCAUGCAGCUCUUCGACAGCGUGAUUUAGCUCCUGGACCUGCAUCCAGAUAAGCUGUCCUGACACUGGGUCCAGAACCUUCUUCUCUUUCUUGACUUUUCCUUUGAGACUUCCCUCCUCCGGCUGCACAGACACCCCCAUGGAAAGGGGCCUUCCUUCCCUGAGAUGCGGUUGGUGCCGAGAUCUUCCCUUUCCCCUGGCCCAGCUCUGCUUUCCGCGGGGAAUCCCAAGCAGGUACUCCCAGAUGUUGGAGCAUGGGCAUGGCUGGCACAGGAUGAGAAUUUCACCUGGAUGGACCUCUCUGUUCCCAAUCCUGGUGGAAAAGAUGCAUCCUUGGUCUGCAGUAGAGGUUUUCCCCAUAAAUACCACACUGUGCAGCCACACCUCGCCUCCCAUGAUGCUCCCCAGCCCCAAGAGCCCCGAGUCCUGGCUCCAGCCCAAAUCCUCCAGCAACACUGUCUAGAAACCAAUAAAAUCUUGCAAUGGGCACAGCCAGUGUCUCGGCUUCCUC